UUCUCUGUCUAAAAGAUGAAAAAUUGUAUGCCCUUGUACUUGCCCAACCAUUUCAGUUACUGUCAAGGAAAUACGACCCAUCUGUUAAUGUGUGUCCCUGAUCCUGUGAUCAAUCUUUAACUAUGGGGGAGGAGGAUGCACUCUGUGGCGUGGGGGAACUCUCCUGGGUUUGAGGAAAUACGUCAGGUUGCUUCUUGCACUCUGGAACACGAAGCUGCAAGAGAGAGCAUCGCUGGCUUUUAGGCACCAGGCAAGAAAGUGAGACAGAGAUCUGCACAUCAUCGGCUUAGAGAGUGAAAACCUCACCCGAAGCACGGCAGCUACAGAAGACCAUGGCAUUUGCAGGGAUGCUGAGCGACGAGGACAUCAGGGCUGCAGUCCAGGCUUGUCAAACUCCAGGCACAUUUGACUACAAGUCAUUCUUUGAACAAGUGGGGCUGACCGGCUUGUCUGAGGCAGAUGGGAAGAAAGUGUUUACAGUUCUGGACCAAGACAGGAGUGGAUACAUUGAAGGGGAGGAGUUAAAGCUGUUCCUGCAGAAUUUCUCUCCGGGGGCGAGGGAGCUGACCGCGACUGAGACCAAGGCUCUGAUGGCUGCAGGAGAUAAGGACGGGGAUGGCAAAAUCGGGAUGGAAGAGUUCUGCAACAUCCUGAAGUAAAGAGAAUAAAUAUGUAUGACCUCAGCUGUCUCUCCCUAUUCUAAAUAAAGGAUCUCUUAUGGAAAUCCAGACUUUCCGGAUUGUUGGAUGCAAUGACCAGAAACCUCAGAUAUUGUACCUGCCUGCUGCUCUUCCUGUUGAUGUGAUAUAAAUAAAGUGUGAAAUGUUUGGUGGUCAGACA